AUGUCCUCUGCAGCACCACUAAAGCCUCUGGGUGGUAAGCCGUCGCAUUGGAGCAGCCAUCGCCUUGCAUUUAGCCCCUUGGGCAGCCACGUCGUGAUCAACUGUGUGCCUUCCAGCUCGGCUGCUGAAGGUGUGGCUGCCAAAGCCCCGGAUCUUGGCGUCAAUGCUAUCACUAUUCAAGCGAAUGUCAUCGAGGCCAAGGAAGUUGCCAACCUCUUUAAAAGAGCUAAGGCCGAGUUUGGUAAUCUUGAUAUUGUUAUGAGCAACUCUGGCAUGGAGCGCUUCGACCCCUUGAGCGAGUUCAGCGAGGAUAAUAUUGAUCGAGUUCGCUCUGUCACUGUCACGGCCCAGUAUUUUGUUGCACGGCAGCCAGAAAAUCUCUUGGAGGACAUUGGACGUCUCAUCUUGAUCUCGUCCAUCUCCGCAAUCACGGGUAUUCCGAACCAGGCAUUGUAUGCAGCCUCCAAGGCCGCUUUCAUGGGUAUGGUGAGAUGCUUUGCAUGGGACUUUGAGAAGCGUAACAUUACCGCCAAUUACAUUGCACCUGGUGGUGUCAAGACAGACAUGUAUCCCGAGGCGGCUGCAAGGUAUAUUUCUGGAGGGAACAAGCUCUCUGAAGCAGAAAUCGAUGAACGGGUAGGUCGAAUGAGUCCAUUUGGACGGCCAAGUUUCCCAAGCGAUAUUGCUGGUAUUGCAGCUCGUUUGCCUAUCCCUGAGGUACAAUGGCUGACUGGUCAGACCGUUCAUGCAAGUGGAGGUGUGCACAUGGGUUGA